GCUGCUUUUCACAGAGGUCGCAUAAACGGGCGAAUGAUAUCGACCCGCUUUAGUCGAGGCGGAACUUCCGGUUGGUGGUAUAAACCAACUGAGGCCUCUCCAUGCGGUUGUGAUCUAUCGGGGCAGUCGAAGCUAACACCGAAACGACAAAUACAAUGGCUGAGAAUGACGUUGACAACGAGCUCCUUGAUUAUGAAGAGGAUGAGGAGCCUCAAGGAGCCCCCGAGAGUGCAACCCCAGCAGGCAAGAAGGAGGUGAAAGGUUCCUAUGUUUCCAUCCACAGCUCUGGUUUCAGGGAUUUUCUUCUGAAGCCGGAGCUUCUCCGCGCCAUCAUUGACUGUGGUUUUGAGCAUCCAUCUGAAGUGCAGCAUGAAUGCAUCCCACAAGCUAUCCUGGGCAUGGACAUUCUGUGCCAAGCCAAAUCUGGUAUGGGCAAGACGGCUGUGUUUGUGUUGGCCACCCUGCAACAGAUCGAACCCGUUGACGGACAGGUGUCUGUAUUAGUCAUGUGUCACACACGAGAGCUGGCCUUCCAGAUCAGCAAAGAGUACGAGCGUUUCUCCAAGUACAUGCCCACCAUAAAAGCAGCCGUAUUCUUUGGUGGCCUGCCUAUCAAGAAAGACGAGGACGUCCUGAAGAAGAACUGCCCUCACAUCGUUGUCGGAACUCCCGGCCGUAUCCUCGCCCUGAUCCGGAACAAGACGCUCAGUCUGAAGAACGUCAAGCAUUUUGUCCUGGACGAGUGUGACAAAAUGCUGGAGCAGCUAGACAUGAGGCGUGAUGUUCAGGACAUCUUCCGGAUCACACCGCAUGAGAAGCAGGUCAUGAUGUUCAGUGCAACACUGAGUAAGGAAAUCCGUCCAGUGUGCCGCAAGUUCAUGCAAGAUCCCAUGGAGGUGUUUGUGGAUGACGAGACCAAACUUACACUCCACGGCCUGCAACAGUACUACUGCAAGCUGAAGGACAGCGAGAAAAACCGCAAGCUAUUUGACCUGCUUGAUGUGUUGGAGUUCAAUCAGGUGGUGAUCUUCGUCAAGUCAGUUCAGCGCUGCGUCGCUCUGUCCCAGCUACUGGUGGAGCAAAAUUUCCCUGCCAUUGCCAUCCACAGGGGAAUGGUUCAGGAGGAAAGGCUGUCUCGCUAUCAGCAAUUCAAAGACUUCCAGCGGCGGAUCCUGGUGGCCACAAACCUUUUUGGCCGAGGGAUGGACAUUGAGCGAGUGAAUAUCGUCUUCAACUACGACAUGCCAGAAGAUUCUGACACCUAUUUGCACAGGGUUGCCCGUGCUGGUAGGUUUGGGACCAAAGGCCUGGCUAUAACCUUUGUGUCAGACGAGACUGAUGCCAAGACUCUAAACGAUGUGCAGGACCGCUUUGAAGUCAAUGUGGCCGAGCUGCCAGAUGAGAUUGACAUCUCAUCUUACAUCGAGCAGUCCAGAUGAGUCCCCGGCCAAACGGCAGUCUGCUCUUCGUGGAUCUCGUCUUGUAUUUGGAAGUAGACGUACUUCACCAUUGAUUUGAAAGCUCUGCCUUUCCUCUGUUCACCAAACGUUUAUUUUUAUUGUCAGUUUUUAGGGGGGUUUGGUUUUAAUUUGUCUUUGUUUUGCUUAAUGGAAUUAAAACUUUUUAUAAAAUGUCAUUUUACUGUUGUGGUCACUUAUGAGGAUGCUGUCUCUGCUCAGUUUUCAUUGGUUUCAGUCUCAGCAGCGACAGAGCUUCAGGGAAACUUUCAGAGGAACAUGUGAUAGGAGUCUGUGCUUUUUCUUUAUGUCCAAGCAAGAUUUGUAUAGGAGAUGUUUUGUUUUCCUUCCCAGUACAAAAAAAGUGGCUGUUUGGCUGGUAAUCAAAGUUGUAAAGACACAAAUUUGGCUCAUAUGGCAGCUCUUUCUAUGGAUUUUUAACUGAAUAUCCUCCAAUAAAUGAAGUCACCACAUGAACUGGUAGUGAUGAAUUUGCAGAUUUUGACGGGGCAAAACAUGUCACUGUUUAACUGUAUUUUUUUUUUUCUUGGUAUUUUGUUUUAAGUAUUAAAAAUUCAAAGUGUUAAACAAGUGGAAAUCUGCUUAGAUGAUUUAGCAACAAUUCAAUACUGGAUAAACGUCACUGUGCAGAGUCAUAGUGAUGGUUCUCUGCAAUUUUUAUUGCUGCACAGUAACUCGAUAUUGGAUGUUGAUAUCUUAAGUGCAGUUGGGCAGACACCAAUUUAUCUUGCCACUAAGGUAACUUUUCUUUAGUACCAAUUAGUGACUGUAGUGUACAUGUGUAAAUACAUGAAAUGCCUGCUCAAUGUUAACAUAGUGUGGCUCGUUGCAGGGCUGCUAGCAUAGCUGUGAAAUUGCAGAUCUUCGGCUGCUCCGCCACAGCAGCUGGAUCUGCAUGUUUGAUCUGACUCAAUUUAAACCAGAUGCAUUUAUCUGCAUGUUAGGGGGAUGUGUUAAGCGCUACACCAUAGAGUUGCUGUAUAAUUUAACCUACGUGACAAAAAAAAAAAUCCUCUUUUGAUAAAUGUUCAACAGUGAUUGUCAGAGAGAAUUUUAUUUUUUAAAAAGCGAAACGAUGAUGAACUCAUUCCAGCUCUUAAAGUAAACUGUAAACUAACCAGAUUCCAAGAAGAGUUAAUCACAAGGAACACUUUUUUUUUUUAAGCAUAAGAUCUUAAGCAUGACUCAUUACAGAAAAUUACAGACUUAUUAAUGUACACUAGUUCUACAGUCAUCAAGCUUUCAAAAUUGGCACUUACUGCUCAUAAAAGAUCUGAACCCUGCCUCGUCCAGUGCUAAACUAUACAUGGACUACUUCAGUAUAAUGAUUGGCCCUUAUACAGCAGAUAGAACUACAAAGGUAACAAUGUGUCUGUACAUAGCUGCACUAUAGUUUCCCUCAAUAAAACUAAAGAUACAAUAUCAAAACCACAGCAUCUUCAUGGGCAAAAUAGCAAUGGAAAACAAAAGACAUUUCUUAGCAAAUUAAAGUUUAAAAAGAACCCCUGAUAAGGAUUUGGGGCAGCAAAUGUUUUGUAGUUGAGAUGGUAGGGGG